AUGGCAUUUGGACGAUGUCUUGGCAAGCCUGACCCUUUGUCCUGUGCAGCAGUGCCCCUGGGUUGGACACGCCGUCCUACCCCAACGGAUAUGACUAUCUCACCGCAGAUUUCAAGUAGUCUCGAGACUACCGUUCCACUCAAAGAGAUGGUUGACUUGUCCAUUGCUGAGAUCGUGCUAUCCAAACCGGUCGAUGAUAUCCGAGCUGGCAACACCAAUAGCUCGAACGAAAUAAACAAGAACAAUGGAAACACUUCAAAGGAGACUGAGGACAAGGUUUCUACUUACUCAGCGUCUGCGAAUGGCAGUUGCAAUGAUAACGGCUCGACUCCACCUCAAACAUUACACUGUAGUAGAAAUGACAGCAGUACUAGCAGCACAGGUUCAUUAUCCCAUUCCACAUUGGCUGCUACAAUGCCAACGAAAGUAGAGUCGUCAACAAUUGAAGCACUGUCGUCACGAGUAGCCUCAUCACUACGAGAAGUGACGUUUCGCAAGGGUGAAAAGAGCUUCCUUGACUUUCAUCAGCAUUAUGCCAUCACGAGACAUUUGGGUGAAGGCUCGUACUCGACGGUGAAGCACGUGACUCACCGCAAAAAAGGUGGAGUGUACGCUUGCAAGAUCGUAGACAAGUUGAGUCUCUCGGAAAUGGAUCGUUCAGCACUUUCACAUGAGGUGCGCGUACUCUCAAGUGUCAACCAUGUCAACAUCAUGCGUCUGUACGAAGUUAUCGAAGACGACACAAAGUGUUAUUUGGUCACGGAGCUAGCUGAAGGAGGAGAUCUCUUCGACCGCAUUGCCAAACAGGGCAAGUUUCCAGAACACGAGGCGCAAAAAGUGUCGGCCGCGUUAGUGGGGGCACUGCACUACUGCCACUCACGUAGCAUCAUUCAUCGUGACGUGAAGCCGGAAAACGUGCUACUAUCGGGCGACGACGUGAAACUCUGCGACUUUGGCUUUGCAAGACAGUUGAAUCACCCGGAUGAGCAGGCCUCGGAUUCAUGCGGAACACCGGGUUACGCAGCGCCAGAGAUAUUGGAUGGUAAAUCGUACGGCCUUGAAGUCGACGUGUUCUCGCUAGGUGUCGUGAUAUACAUUAUCCUCUGUGGCUAUCCACCCUUUCCGAUGAAACUUGCUCAGUUACGAACGCAUCGAUUCAACGUGCGCUAUCCGCCUAAGGACUGGGCUGCCAUUCACGCUGAUGUUAAGAUACUCGUUUCCAAAAUGCUGCACGUAGACCCGAAGAAAAGACCAUCGAUGUCAGUCCUUCGAAUGCAUCCGUGGAUCCAGAAAGGCAAAGUGACUUUGGACCGCCUCCGUCGAGAAAACGAAGAGCGUCGUCGACUUGCCGAUCUUACUCGACGACAACAAGCAGCUUCGACGAUUCACAAGAAGCUUGUCAUGAAUGGGUUUGAGGCAGUGAAGUAUGGUCGCAACGGACUACCUCAUCGCACUAAACUUCGAUUGUCGACCGAUGGCAAAGUCCUCAGCUGGCAGCCAAAGCUGCUUAAACGGAGCUUGCUCCGCUACCAGAAUGCACGGAGCUUCACGAGUUUAUUUGGCAUUGGUGGGAAGGACGCAAAGGGGACUAGCCAACCUGAUCUGCAGGCUGGCCAACCUCAUAACAACCGAAUUCCGACUGGUGUUGCCUCUGACACUAUCAGCGAGAAGCGUUUGUGGUGGCGUUCGCUACGUCGAGAACGUGGUGCGAAGACUGAACGUACUGCCAGUGGCGGAUUUACGCUCAACUUUGCCACUCGACAGACCGGAAGCACUCCGUCGUCGCCAAAUACUCCUCCAGAGGCUAAGGUGUUACAGAUGCGAUCACCAAGUUCGACAUUGGAAGAGCCCCUAACUCCACCGGAUCGAUUGGACGACUCGAUAAAACUGCACGAUAUUCGUGAGAUGGUUCGCGGUGACGAAGCAACGUUCUUCACAGGACAUGCUCUGAAUUUACCAAAUUCCUCCAAACGUGCAGUAGACCCAGCUUGCGUCCUAUCCGUUUGUACUCGAUUCCGUGAACUUCACCUUGAGUUCCCGAACGAAGGCAUACGGGAUGGUUUCAUGUAUUUACUUCAGCAAGCUACACUGCCACUUCAGCAAUGUACCCCGAGUCAGCUUCCACGUUUGAUGAAGUCGCAUUCAACACCCUCGCCGUCGCUGUCGCCGCCACCUGUACCGCAAAAGCUGUCUGACAGCAGAAGAGAUAGCUCUGUUGCCACGACGCCACCUGAUGUGGAGCCGAAGAUUUGGCAUCAUGAUAGCAGUCAGCCGGAACUUGAAGAUGACGAUGUGGAGACCAUGGCGAAGAAAGUGGAGGCGGCGAUUGUUAACUGCAAGGACAAAUGA